CCUACUCUCUCCAGCCAUGGAUGACAUUUACAAGGCAGCGGUUGAGCAGCUGACAGAAGAGCAAAAAAAUGAGUUCAAGGCCGCCUUUGACAUCUUUGUGCUGGGGGCAGAGGACGGCUGCAUCAGCACCAAGGAGCUGGGGAAGGUGAUGCGGAUGCUGGGGCAGAACCCCACCCCUGAGGAGCUGCAGGAGAUGAUAGAUGAGGUGGAUGAGGAUGGCAGCGGCACUGUAGACUUUGAUGAGUUCCUCGUUAUGAUGGUCCGGUGUAUGAAAGAUGACAGCAAAGGAAAAACCGAAGAGGAACUCUCAGAUCUCUUCAGGAUGUUUGAUAAAAAUGCUGAUGGCUACAUCGACCUCGAGGAGCUGAAGAUCAUGCUGCAGGCAACGGGAGAGACCAUCACCGAAGAUGACAUAGAAGAACUGAUGAAAGAUGGGGAUAAAAACAACGAUGGCAGGAUUGACUAUGAUGAGUUCCUGGAGUUUAUGAAGGGAGUUGAAUAAAUCUGAGGCCAGAUCUUACAGCCCGAAUCUCCUAUACCCCUCCUGCUCUGCAUCUCAACUCCAUGGCUAAGUCUCCUGGCUACCAGCAUGAAGACUGAGCACUGAGAAGGGUGGCCACUGGGAAAAUAAAACGCAUU